AUGGUAAGAAGACAAAGAGCGGCUAUCUUGCCGAAUAAUAUCAUUUUAUUGCAGAACUUGGUCCGUAGAGAUCCCAAGUCUUAUGAAGAGGAGUUUCUCCAACAGUAUUCUCAUUACCAAUCGUUGAGAGAUAUCUACCUUAGUGAUGCUAACAGUGGUAAUGAAGGAGCUGAUGAGUUUGGAGAGCUGAUUGGAUUCGUCAGUAGCGUCUGCCAGUGUUUUCCACAAGAGACUAAGCAAUUUCCAUCUGACUUGAAUAGUCUUCUGAUCAAUAACUACAAAGAACUUGAUGUUGACUUGAGGGAGAAAAUAAUUCAAUGCCUUGUGAUGUUGAGGAAUAAAGACGUUAUAAGCCCCGAGUUUUUAAUCCAGACAAUAUUUCCACUACUGAUUUCACAAGAAACAUCUAUUGCCAACAUUAAGCAGCUUCGAAAGCAGAUCUAUCAGACUUUAAUAUCUUUACUUAAAGCUGUAAAUGUCGGUUCCAAGAACCAGAAAUUGAACAGAUCAACUCAAGCUCUGCUUUUUAAUCUACUAGAACAGCAAACCACUCAAGGUUUAUGGGCAACAAGGCUCACAAGGGAGCUGUGGAGAAGAGGUAUUUGGGACGACUCUAGAACAGUUGAGAUUAUGACCCAUGCUGCAUUGCACCCUGAUGUGAAAGUAUCUAUUGCAGGUGUAAAGUUUUUCUUAGGUGCUGAUAAAGAAAGAGACGAGGCCCAAGACUCGGAUGAUGACGAGGAACCUGAUUUGGCACAACUGAAGCAUCAAGCGCAGAUUACUAAGAAAACAGGAAAGAAGGCUAAGAAACUAGAAACAGCUCUUAAAACCUUGAAGAAGAAAGGAUCCGCUAAACAUUCAGCUACGUAUCUAAACUUCUCAGCUAUUCAUUUACUCAGGGACCCACAAGGUUUUGCAGACGAACUUUUCUCCAAACAGUUACAGGGUAAACGUGCCAACAAAUACAGUCUGGAACAAAAAAUUGAUAUAGUGAAUCUGAUUUCUAGAUUGAUUGGUACCCAUAAACUAACAUGUUUGGGAAUUUACACAUUUUUAUUAAAAUUCUUAACUCCAAAGCAACAGGAUGUAACUCAAUUCAUGGCAGCAGCAGCUCAAGCAUCUCAUGACUUAGUGCCACCUGAGUCCAUUACCAUAGUGGUCAAGAAGAUCGCAGAUGAGUUUAUCAGUGAUGGUGUUGCGACAGAAGUAGCAGCAGCAGGAUUGAACACCGUAAGGGAAAUUUUAGCAAGAGCGCCAUUGGCUAUUGAUGCUGACUUGCUACAGGAUCUGACCGAAUACAAGGGCUCUAAAGCUAAAUCCGUAAUGAUGGCAGCAAGAUCGUUGAUCACUUUGUAUAGAGAAGUCGCUCCUGAAAUGCUUGCCAGAAAGGAUAGAGGUAAAGAAGCUUCCAUGGGAAUGAAGUCUGGUAGCAGAAAAGGUCUUCCACAAUUUGGUUUGGACUCUGCCCUUACGAACACCAAUGAUUUGGCUCUUUUGGCUAAAUGGAAAGAAGAACAUAAGGAUGAAGAUAAGGUAGGUGAUGAAUGGGAAGUUGAGGAGGAAGAAGAAGAAGAAUCUGACGAGGGUGAAUGGGUCAACGUUGACGACGACACCGAGGCGAAGACUUCUGGAAAGAAAAGGGCCUACGAAGAUGACGACUCCGAUCUGGAACUCUCUGACGACGAACGGAAUACCGACAAGAACAAAAACUCAGACAAGGACUCCAAUAUGGAUCAAGUUCAGAAACUUUUGUCUUCUGAUAUUUUAACUCCAGCUGAUUUUGCUAAACUGCAUGAAUUGAAAACAAAAGCUGGAGUGGAAAAGAUCAUGGGCCAAUCUAUUUUUGGACUCAACGAGCAACAUGUGGACUCCUCCAAAUUGGUUGGAUCAACUAAAUACAAGCAGAAUAAGGAAGAGAGAUUGGCUCAUGUCAAGGCUGGUCGUGAUGAAGAUGCUCAUGGUUCUAGAAGAGGAAAGAGAGAAGGAGAGCAUUCUACCACUAAUAAAGAGAAGGCUCGUAAGAAGAACUUCUUGAUGACCAUCCACAAGAGAGGUGUGCAAAGCAAACAGAAAAUGGCUCUUCGUGAUAAGCAAAAGGUUCUACGAGCUCAUAUCGAUAAGCAAAAAAAGAAGGGUCAUUAA